CGGCAGUCAACGAGCUGUGCUGCAGAGCCUACCCACGCUCCCUCCAAUCAGGCGGCGGCGAUGGGCAGCCGCUACGCCGGCGCGCCGCGGAUAGUGACCGUGUCCGGGGGCGGCGGGGGCAGUGGGGGCGGCGUGCACUGCUGCUGCUGCACCUGCUGCACCUGCGUGCAUCUGCAGUUCCUCAAGACCGGGCCCGGGGUCGCCAAGCUGGUCGAGGUGGUGCUGGCGGGGCUGUGCCAGAGCAUGCUGCUCAACUACGGGUUGCGGCACUCGGCCGACAUCGGGCCGGCCUACGACAGCUUCCUGACGGCCGCCUCUUCGUGCUUCAUGACGUCAGGCAUCCUGCUGGCCUGCUACCUGCUCUCCGAGAACAGCUACCGCCUGGUGCGGUCCUCGCUCUUCGAAGUGAUGUUCAACGCCGUGGCGUCCUUCCUGUACCUCUCCGCGGCCUCGUACAUGGGGUACACCGUGAACCUGUUCCUGUGGCCCAAGUACCUCAUCACGCCCUACUACCAGGUGUACCCCGCCAUGACCGCCGUUUAUAUAUUCGGCUACGUGCUGGGCGCCGUGCACGCGUACGACGCCUACGUCAACUACCGGCACAUCAGGGGCCAUCGAUGAGGCUCGCGGCGUCCCUGGGAGAAGCUCAGAGGGGUCGUUACCACAACGCCGAACGUAUAAUAGCGCCUAAUACCUAGAGACAGGAAAAAUUCGCGAAUUCAUUUCGCGAUAGGCUGCUCUGCUAUUGGCUCACAACUCACCUGGAUGACUCUGGGCCAAUGACAAACACCCAAUCAAAGCUGUAUCGAAUCACAAGCUGCUACGAUGGGACGUCUCACAAGACAGUAGCCAAUGAGUGGGUGACAUUUGACCGAGUGUACGUAGAACUAUGGAGUUCAUCAUAUAGGUCAUUGAACCCGCGAAUUUUUCCGGUCUCUACUAAUAUCAUAACGCCGAAUGCCAAAUUGACCUAUACGCCGACAGCUAGACAACUGCUGUGUACCACAACGCCGAAAUACAGUAACGCCGAAAAAUAUUGCUGAGAUGAGGGGGGGGGGGGGGGGGCGGCACAGGAGCAAAAUGAAAAACAACUGAAUAAAUUUUUGUGCUAACCUUACCUAACCUAACCUUUGUGGCAGUCCUGCAAUGACAUUUUUCGGCGUUAAUGUAUUUCGGCGUUGUGGUAAUUCGGCGUUGUGGUACACAGCAGUUUUCUAGCUGUCAGCGUUGUAGUCAAUUUGGCAUUCGGCGUUAUGGUUUUCGGCGUUAUUGUACGUUCGGCGUUGUGGUGCGUCCCCGGCUCGGCUCCAGAGCCGUCCGGCCUCAGCUGCUGACGUCACGCGAGAAGACACGCUGCAUUUAUCAAACCGCUCGUACUUCUUCACAGAUGCCAAACAGUAGGAAGCGCAAAUUUUUACAGCCCCCUUUUUUAUGUGUCUUUGAUGAGUUUAAAAAAAAUAACUUAUUGUGCCAAACUAUCUGAAAUACUCAAUAAAACAAAUGUGAUUUUGUUUAAA